CUAGUCCUCCACAAAGCAGAAUUCAGUAUUAAAGGGUGUUUUGUUGAUGUCGCAUAACGUCACCGUUCAAUACGAAUUGAGCUAACAUUACAAGAUGAUUUGGGUGAAUGUUUUCGUGGUUGUGAGUGCCAGUGCAAUGGUGGGAGCGUAUUUGGGCCCGUGGGUGUGUGUGCCAGUACAAGAUAAGGCACUGGCUUGCCCUCCAGAUUGGCAGGUAUUUGGCGAUUUCUGUUUUCGCCUCUCUGGUAAUGAGCGCAAAGGUUCCUGGCAGGAAUCAAUUGACGUGUGUCGAGAUCUGGGAGGGGAAAUGGCAGCUCCACAGUCAUCUGAGGAGAAUGACUUCAUUUCGACACUCGAAGAGUCUGAUGUGGCCUGGAUAGCGUGCACCUUGAAUUCACCGGGUGUUUGGGUGUGCGACGGUCGUGAACCUGGCACACAGAUGGACUUUCUUGGAUGGGACGGCCCUCAACCACCACAUGAUUCCAGAAAGUCCUGUGGUUCAAUCAAAGGAAGGUGGCAAGCCCGACCAUGCGAUGACGAUCAUAGAGCUGUCUGUGUUCGACCAGUCGCCUGUGUCUAUCACCCAAUACCGGGAGCAUCUGCCAAACAUCUCCGCAUCCGUCAAGAUACUUGCAUCCAGCUCACCGGCACCGAAGCUGGUGGGACCACGACGGGCCAGUCACGGUGCCUCACCGGUCACGUCAUCAAGGAGUUUGCGGUCCAAAGCGUGAAUGGUUGUGCCGCACGCUGCAUCUCUGAGCCUGAGUGCCUCUCCUUCAACGUCUUGAGCAACGGAGAAGAAUUAAUGUGUGAACUGAACGACUCCAACGGCUCUGAAGAUUCGGAUGAAUUUUACGAGUCAGAAAACUGCAUUCUUUAUCACUUGGAGUAGGAGGCAGUUUAUCAAAACUGCAUUCUCCACUGCAUGGAGUAACAGGUUGAUUGAUUCAAACUGCACCCUUUACUACAUGGGGCAAGAGGCAUGAAGACCCGAACUGCACCUGCUGCUAGAUGGAGUAAAGGUAGAUUGAUUUAAACAGCACCCACUACUUCAUUGAGUCUAGAAGGCUGAUCCUACAUUUAACUGUCAUCACUACUGUACAGUGUACCAGAAACUGAAACAUUAGAGCAGUUUGUCUUAGAGACACUGAACUCAGAAAACUGUUUCAUUGGUUUACUUGUGAACUAAUAUGGGACUGUCAAGGACACAAUUUGUUUCACUUUUUCAAAUAUUACAGCGAUUUGCAAUUUUUGUGUGUGUCGUGCAUAAUUCUUGUUCGAUGUAUUCAUUAUUCAAAUAUAAAUUAGUAAGUUUUUAACUGUUAAUUUUAGAUAAUUAGUUGGAUGUUUUCGUGUGAAAAUCUCCCAUUAUUUGAUUGGUUCAAUAGGCCACUUUAAAUGACGUUGGUACAGUGGUGUUUCACUCGCCUUUCACCUAUUCAUUACACCCGGGGUUCGAGGGUUCGACACCAACCUAGGUACAUUCAGUUACUUCCUCAUCACGUGGCGUUUACGUCUACCCAAGAUAUGUUACAAUUUGGGGAUGGAAACAAGGUUUUUUUUAGCGUGAAUUGAGACAAUGUCUUAAAUACAUUUAUGACCACAAUUGAUAACCUCGAUAUAAAUAACCUCUGACGUUGAUUUUUUUUGUGAAUUAAGAAUAACUCAUAAUUAUCGAUGGAUAUUAGAAAAUAGCUCACGGGCUUGUGUUAAAAAAUUAAAUUAGAGGAUGAAGGCAAGAAAUCAUACCAGUGCAAAUUUUUUUUUUAUUAAACGAAAAGUAUUAAAGAAGGAUGUGAUCCACAACUUGUCCAAUAUUCCCAGCAUGACAUCAGCAUUAAUAAGGCUGAGGGAAUGCGGUGUGUUGGACUAGGAAUCCAGGCUGACAUUUUGCCUUACAGACAGGGCAUUUCUGAAGGCCAAUCCAUUUACCUGGCUCUGAAAAAACCCAGACACUUGCAAAACAAAAAGUUAAUUCCAAACAAAAAAUGGGGUGAUUAGAAUUAACUUUCAUAAGUUUGAAGUAAUGAUCAUAUAACGUUGAUAGAAUAGGAACCAUUGAAAGUAGAAUUUGACCCCUCCUCCCCCCCCCCCCUUCAAGCGGUUUUGAGAAUGUUUUAUUAACUUAAGCCUUUUUUAGAUUAUUUCCAGACUUGAUUUUGCCAAGUUUAAGACUUGACUUAACUACUUUAAUUCCAUCACGCAGCCAUUGCAGAGAGAAGUCAUCAAUUAGGAGAUAUUUCCUUAGAUUCCGUGACAGAUAUGCACAGGAAACGUUUUACUUGGGAAGUUGCCAGACUGACUUUUGCCAUUUAGGAUUCUCAUUUUGAUGUAAAGAUGAAACAGCCAGGAACAAACAAAACAACUUACCUAUCAUGGCAGAGAAAAGUUUAGUUAUGAAACUGACCUGAAAAUAACUUGAAGCCAUGACCUGAUUUGGGAUUCGACCAAUCAGUGAGUCACAAGGUUGGGGAGUGGGAAGGUUGAUAAAAGUGCUCGCAAACUUGAAUACAUGCAGUCGCCAGCAAAGCAAGGAUGAUUCUAUCUAUCUGGGAGAUGCACCUGUCAGAGUUCUUUCACAAUGUC